UGGAUUCGGUUUGAUUUGAUGGGAACCCAUCCUGGCCGGCAAAUGAACAGUCCAAAAACGAGAAGCAAUAGGUGCAUGGUGCAGCCCACAGAGGUCUACCAUGGCGCCGCCACUAGUUUUCAACGUGCACAGGUGCGAACCAGAGCUGAUCAUCCCAGCCAAGCCCACCCCUCACGACUUGAAACCCUUAUCGGACAUCGACGAUCAAGAUGGUCUCCGAGUCCAACUCCCACUCAUCUAUUUCUAUCCUUACCACCCUUCAAUGCAAAUACUAGAUCCCCUUCAGGUCCUUAAACAAGCACUUGCAGAAGCUCUAGUGUUUUAUUAUCCGUUCGCCGGUAGGAUAAGGGAGUUGCCUGACCGUAAGCUCGUCGUGGAAUGUACCGGCGAGGGUAUCUUGUUCAUUGAGGCUUAUGCCGAUGUUAGUCUGGAUCAAUUCGGGGAUAUGCUUCGGCCUCCAUUUCCUUGCUUUGAGGAGCUACUCUUUGAUGUGCCUGGCACUACUGGGAUUGUGAACUGCCCUUUGUUGCUUAUUCAGGUAACGCGCCUCAAGUGCGGAGGAAUCAUCAUAGCCAUCCGUUUCAACCACACAAUGAGCGAUGCAACUGGGUUCUUACAAUUCUUGUCAGCAGUAGCAGAGAUGGCACAAGGAGCAAGGGCACCCUCAAUUUCACCAAUAUGGGAGAGACACCUUCUUACUGCUCGGAAACCACCUCGUGUAACAUGCAUACACCAUGAGUAUGAUGAUUCAGUUAACACCGAGGACAAAAUCUCUCUUGCUGAAGUCAAGGACCAUCGUUCCUUCUUCUUUCUGCGUAAUCAAAUAUCUGUCCUUCGAAGAAGAUAUGCACCUCCUCACCUCGGUCACUGCUCUAGCUUUGAAAUAUUAGCUGCAUGUCUCUGGAGGUGCCGCACCAUUGCCCUUCAACCAAACCCUGAUGAAGAGAUGCGUAUAAUAUGUAUUGUCAAUGCUCGUAACAGCUUUAACCCUCCCAUGCCUAAGGGCUACUAUGGCAACUGCAUUGCUUACUCAGUGGCAAAAGCAAGAGCAGGAGAUCUGUCCAGGAAUCCAAUAGGGUAUGCAGUGGAAUUGGUAAGGAAGGCCAAGGAAAAUGUUACUGAAGAGUACAUGAGAUCAGUGGCAGAUCUAAUGGUCCUCAAGGGUAGGCCUCGGUAUACAAUGGUGAAUUCCUUCCUAGUUUCAGGUGUGGCACGAGUCAGGUUUGAUGAGGUUGAUUUCGGAUGGGGUAGAGCAGUGUAUGGUGGACCUGCUAAGGGAUAUGUGGCUAGCUUUCACAUAGCAUCUAGAAAUGAGAAAGGUGAAGAUGGGAUUGUUGUUACUUUAUGUUUGCCGAACCUUGCCAUGGAAAGAUUUGUGAAGGAAUUGGAUCACUUGUUGAGGGACCAUCCCCUCCUAUGUGCCCUUUGAGGAAAGUGACCCUACUACUGUCUGAAAUGUACUAUACAAUGUGAACCAUUGAUCUGGGUUCACACUUUACACUACAAUUAUAUAUAUAUAUUUUUUUAAAUGUGAGAAGGAAAUAAUAAUACCAUAUCUACAUACUGCAACGUA